AUGCAAUCAUUAACUUCCAUUCUAGCUUUCUUCAUUUUCUUAACAUCAAUAUCACACCCUUCACAUUCAAACACAGUCCCUUCUUAUCCCACCCCAACUCAAUCCCAAAUAUGCAAACUAGACCUCUCCAACGAACUCUUCGGCGGCGUAAACGUCGCCUGCGGCAACAACCUCGACCGAAGCCGCUGUUGUCCUGUGCUCGCUGCUUGGCUCUUCGCUGCUCACGCGCGAAGAGCCUUGGAGAUUUCUCCUCCACCUUCGGAAAAUGCCAUCGACCUUCCUAGAAUGCCGGACGACUCUCAGAAGUGUGUUAACUCACUGCAAGACUCGCUUCGGAACAGAAACAUUAUAAUCCCGACACCAAAUGCAAGCUGUGAUGCCGUUUUAUGUUUCUGUGGAAUCAGGCUUCAUCAGAUAAGCUCAUUAAAUUGCCCAACCGCUUUUAAUGUUUCUGAUUCUAAUACCACGGUUGGCAAUCUGCCUGGUUCUCAUAAAGCUACUCCUACUGCUGCGGUUCGCGAUUUGGAGAAGAAUUGCCGUAAUUCUUCUUAUGCUGGUUGCACCAAUUGUCUUGCUACAUUGCAAAAGAUAAAAGUGCACAAGAAAGAGAGCAAGGAAAGUGACCGGGAACGGAAGAUGUUUAACCGGGACUGUCAACUGAUGGCACUAACAUGGCUGUUGGGGAAGAACAAGACGUUGUAUAUACCAACAGUAUCAGCGGUGUUACGUGCUGUAAUGUACAGUGCUCAUCCACACGAUAUAAUGUGUAGUCCAGACCAGGAGAACAUGCCUUUGGCCGUUGAUUCGAUGCAGUUCGAUCACACGAGUAGUAGCGAAGCACAAUCUCGGCCGUUGUUUUGGAGUAUGAUUGUUGUUAUGAUUGGGGUUGUGAUGUGA